AUGCCUUGCACACGCUCAAAGAGUGCAGCAGCCCAGCUUCCAUCCACCAGGAUGAGUCUGAGAAACUUCCGCAGCGUCCCCCUGGUUACCAUGGAGACGUCGUCGUCUUCCUCCGACGAUAGCUGUGACAGUUUUGGCUCCGACGGAGGCUUUACAAACACGAGGAGCAGCUCCAGACUAUUGAGGAAAACGCUUGAUAAGAAGAAGGCCCUGGAGGUCGCUGUGGAAGAGGAUGCACGCACAGGCUUUGAGGAGGAGAUCAUCAACAAUCAAAUGAAAACAAUGAAAGUAGAUUGCGAGCCUGUGAGACGUGGCCGCAAGCCCAACAUUUUGAAGGUGGCCAUGGCUUUCCCGACCCGAAAGGCGGCCUCUAAAAGGCCUGUGUCUGAGCCCCUCGCUCAACCUCAAGUACUGGACUCUGAUGAAGAGGAGGAGAACUUCAUUGCCAAGAGAGCCUUGAAUAUUAAAGAGAACAAAGAAAUGCUUGCAAAGCUAAUGGCAGAGCUCAACAAAGCGCCAGGACUCUUCCCCAAACAAACAACGUCUGCAUCCACAACGAACCGACGUGCACGUCGGUGCUCCACGUCGGCAAUUUUGAGGCGGAGCUCAGAGCGUCUGUCCCGUCCCCACACUCGUUCCCGCACGCUCACCGACGGCCCGCCCAGCCCGACACCGGAGGAGGAGCAGCCGGAGGACCGAUUCAGCCUGGUCCGACGAAGCCGUUACUAUGAGGAGGUGGACGAGCCGGUUCGCCGCCGCUCAUGCAAUGGCAACAAGGCUCUCCCUCACGUGGUGCGGCCCGUGGAGGAGGUGACUGAAUACGAGCUGGAGCAUAUUUGCUACAACGUGAGGGAGAAGGUUUACCACAGCGUCAAUGGAAGUACCUGCCAUCAAUGCCGUCAGAAAACCACUGACACCAAAACCAACUGCCGAAAUCCAGACUGCGUGGGCGUCAGGGGUCAAUUUUGCGGCCCGUGCCUUCGCAACCGCUACGGGGAGGACGUGCGAGAUGCUCUUCUGGACGCGGAGUGGCGCUGCCCGCCAUGCCGCGGGAUUUGCAACUGCAGCUUCUGCCGAGCACGAGAAGGCCGCGGUCCCACUGGCGUGCUGGUCUACUUGGCCAAAUAUCACGGCUUCGACAACGUCGACGCCUACCUGAGAAGCUUGAGGAAGGAGCUAGAAGGGAUAAGCGAGUGA